AUGGCAGCUUUGGGAGGUCGACGGCGCUCUUCCCGAUCGGGCCAGCGCCAAGCCGCUAAGGGUUCGGUCGCUUCGUCCCACACAGACACACAAGCCAAACCCAACGUUGAACCCUUCGAAAAGACGCUCAACCGACCAAACUUCCUUCACCGUCAACACGUCGACAACCAGCACAGAGUCACCAUGUCGGAGGGAAAGGACAAGUCCGCCAACCCCAUGCGGGAACUCCGCAUCCAGAAGCUCGUCCUCAACAUCUCAGUUGGCGAGUCUGGUGACAGACUCACCCGUGCGGCCAAGGUGUUGGAGCAAUUGAGCGGCCAGACCCCUGUCUACAGCAAGGCCCGCUACACCGUCCGUACCUUUGGUAUCCGCCGUAACGAAAAGAUCGCUGUCCACGUUACCGUCCGCGGACCCAAGGCCGAAGAAAUCCUUGAACGCGGCCUCAAAGUCAAGGAAUACGAAUUGAGAAAGAAGAACUUCUCCGAGACUGGCAACUUCGGUUUCGGUAUCAGCGAACACAUCGAUCUCGGUAUCAAAUACGAUCCCAGCAUCGGUAUCUACGGCAUGGACUUCUACUGCUGCAUGACCCGCCCUGGAGAACGUGUUGCCAAGCGCAGACGAUGCAAGUCCAGAAUCGGUGCCUCACACCGCAUCAACCAAGCCGAGACUAUCAAGUGGUUCAAGUCCCGCUUCGAGGGAAUCGUUCGAUAAAGUUAGUUUAUGUGGUAAUGCGGGUUUAUGGGGUAUUUCCUUUUUAGCCAGACUAGAUCAAUGCACGAGACAUGACUGCUGAUCUGGCAAAAAUCUUUUGUCUAUUAUGGGACUUGUGGGCAUAGGCAUAGGCGUGCUAGCGAUUUCUGACAGCAGUCCUCCAAAUGAAAGAAAAACCAAGUUCUUCUGAUGGCUCAAUUUUUCACAAUGGAGGCUUCACAAAAGGUGUUGGUCCGCUUAACCAUUGCUGGAAAACUUGAUACUUUCUGGGAUUCGUCCUAGGCGGCCUCUUCGAGCUUGUCGACUCCCUACGCUUCACUGGCUUUGGGUUUCGACGGUUCGCUCUACCACGUCCAAGUCGUCCGUCGGAGGAUAGUGGACUGGUCAGACCUUUCCUUGUCCUUUUUUCCCCGUGUGUAGCAGCAAAAUCUCUUAAAUCAAAAGCAGGUAAGUCUACCACACCGUGCCAAUGCUAUGCGAUCAUGCGACAGUAGACUUGCGAUCUCCAAAAACUGCGACUUCCCUUUGCUUUGUUUAAGCGGUGGUUGCCCACUUCUUGACCAUCCCGCCGCUCAAGUGCGUUUGUCAUCCAAGCUCAAGUGAUCGCCUCGUCAACCAUCGCUGGGGUGGUCCAGUUGGUUUUAAUACAUUUUAGGAACUCAGUUGUGGUGGUUGCGGCUCGGCACUUUGUAUUUUUACAUACUGGUGCAGAAUGGCUAGAAUCAGAUUCAAUAUAAAUUUAUACCAGCAA